ACUCUACAAGUCCAAUUCACAAUCAAAAUGAAGUUCUCUCUCGCCACCAUCACUGCCUUCGCUGGUGCCAUCAGCGCUGCCAGCCUUCCCAACGCCUUCACUCUCGUUGCCGAGGGCGGCAAGACCGUCCUGACCGAUGGCCAGAACGCUUACAUCAAUGCCAACACCACCGACCAUGAGAUUCUGAUCCUCCGUGGCGGCAGCCCCAACGGCCUUGUCUCAUACACUGCCAAGAACGGUGUUCCCACCGCUUUCCAGAACCUCUACAUUGUCGAGGACUCUGUCUCGCCCGUCGGUCUGACCCUGCCUCACUCCGGUGCUGUCCCUGAGGGUGGCAACAUCACUGGAUUUGGUGUCAACGAGCAGGGUCUGUUCACCCAUGGCGGCAAGCCUUGGUUCGCCAUUGACGGCUACGGCGAGAACGAGAUUAAGGAGAUCUUCUGGUACGCUGCUCACAACGCUGAGUACCGCAGUGAGAAGCUCUAUGUCAAGGAGCUGAAGAACUACUCCCCCUAA